GAUAGAGAAAUUAGUACGCGUAAGACCCGGAGCACUGAUGUCAAAGUUGUUCUUGACAUUAUGUGAACACGUGUAAGAUUCGUAUAACCUAUAAUUCUUUGUCCAAGUAUCUGUUGUUUUGAAGAACUGUUCUCUGCUUAAUCAAACUACUAAUUACUUUAUCAAACAGAAGGUUAAAAUGUUACGAAGACAAGCGAGACUCCGCCGAGAGUAUCUCUACAGAAAGUCUGUUCAAGACAAGUUGAAAAACAUUCAAGAGAAAAAAGAGAAACUUAAACGUAGCCUGGAACAAAAUAUACCCAUACAUCCAGAUUUAAGGAAAGAUGCUUUGAACAUACAGAAACAAUUAGCUUGGGAAGAUGCUGGGCCAGAGAUGGCUGUUGCUAUCGGAACAGAAAUGGGAGGAACCGUGGGAUCUCAUGAAGAUGAUGAGUAUCGAUGGGCAGGAGUUGAAGAUCCAAAAAUUGUGAUCACUACAUCCCGCGAUCCAAGUUCCAGAUUGAAGAUGUUUGUCAAAGAAUUGCGCCUGAUAUUUCCCAAUUCUCAAAGAAUGAAUCGAGGAAAGUAUGAGAUGAAACAAUUGAUACAUGCUUGUAGAGCAAAUAACGUUACAGAUUUCAUAAUAGUGCAUGAACAUAGAGGUGUACCUAAUUCUCUUACCAUAUGUCACUUACCCUAUGGACCAACUGCAUAUUUCACAAUGUCAGAUGUUAUUAUGAGACACGAUAUUCCUGAUAUUGGAACUAUGUCGGAGCAAUAUCCUCAUCUUAUAUUUCACAAUUUCAAAACAAAGUUGGGUGAACGCGUCAUGAGUAUUCUAAAGUAUUUAUUCCCAGUACCGAAGGAAGAUAGCAAAAGAAUAAUUACUUUUGCUAAUCACGAUGAUUAUGUAUCUUUCCGUCAUCACACGUACAAAAGAAUUCGUGGAAAGGACAUUGAAUUGACGGAAGUUGGUCCCAGGUUUCAACUGAAGUUGUACGAAAUUAAAUUAGGUACCUUGGAUGCGGAAACUGCAGCUGACACAGAAUGGGCAUUGAGACCUUAUAUGAACACCAGUCACAAAAGAAGAUUUUUGUCCGACGAAGAUGGCUGGCAGCAAGAGGAUGAUAUUUAAAUUUUUAUAUUAUUUAAUUGUGAAAAGCAUCCUAGUUAAUGUAAAUAAUACAUUUUUUUACAAUAUA